AUGAUUCUAAGAAUCAUUAAAGAGGGUCUUGAUGGCCUAAAUGGAAUUAAAGGUGACCAAGGGAUGCCUGGACCUCCUGGUCUUAUCGGUCCAACUGGACUUCCAGGUUUUACAGGAGAAGCAGGAAUUGAUGGAAUAAAAGGUGAAAAGGGUAUCCAAGGAGAAAAAGGAGAUCGGGGUCCUCUGGGACUGCCUGGUACUCCAGGACCAGCAGGUGUCCCAGGACCAGCAGGACCGAAAGGAGAGAGGGGAAAUAAGGGAGAUUCUGGUUCUACAGGACCGAUAGGAUCAGCAGGCCUUCCCGGCUUCCAAGGACCACCAGGUGAAAAAGGAAAUCGGGGGGAAAGGGGCAAGAAAGGCUCUAGAGGGCCUAAAGGGGAUAAGGGAGACCAAGGAGCACCUGGAUUAGACGCACCCUGUCCAUUGGGGGAAGAUGGGUUGCCAAUUCAAGGAUGCUGGAAUAAGGUCUAUGGGGAAAACCAUUAG